UGUAGACUCCAGCGGGUCUAGCCCAGUGAAGCGGGUUCUCUGCGGAGCUCGUGCCUCCCGUGGCGUCGGGGUCCGGGGUGAGCCGCAGCCGACCGGAGCCAUGAUCCGACAGGACCUCUCCACAUCCUACCAGGAGCUCAGCGAAGAGUUGGACCAGGUCGUUGAGGGCUCAGAGCAGUCGGACGAGCGAGACAAGCAGCUGGUCCAAGUCCAAGGUCCAGGUGUCUUGCCGGGCGUGGACAGUGAGUCCGCUUCCAGCAGCAUCCGCUUCAGCAAGGCCUGCCUGAAGAAUGUCUUCUCCGUGUUGCUCAGCUUCAUCUACCUGCUGCUUAUGGCAGUGGCCGUCUUCCUGGUCUACCAGACCAUCACAGACUUCCGAGAAAAGCUCAAGCACCCUGUCAUGUCCGUAUCGUACAAGGAGGUGGACCGCUAUGAUGCUCCAGGGAUUGCCCUAUACCCCGGUCAGGCUCAGCUGCUCAGCUGUAAGCAUCACUAUGAGGUCAUUCCGCCUCUUGCCAGCGCUGGCCAGCCUGGAGACAGGAACUGCACCACGGAGAGGAUCAACUACACCCACCCCUUCUCCAAUCGCACUGUGCAAUCGGCCCUGAUUGUCCAGGGGCCACAGGAGGUGAAGAAGCGGGAGCUGGUGUUUCUCCAGUUCCGCCUGAAUCAGAGCAACGAGGACUUCAGCGCCAUCGACUACCUCCUCUUCUCCUCUUUCCAGGAGUUCAUGCAAAGCCCGGACAAGGCGGGCUUCAUGCAGGCCUGCGAGAGCGCCUACUCCAGCUGGAAGUUCUCCGGCGGCUUCCGCACCUGGGUCAAGAUGUCGCUGGUGAAGACCAAGGAGGAGGACGGCCGAGAAGCUGUUGAGUUCCGGCAGGAGACCAGCGUGGUUAAUUACAUUGACCAGAGGCCUGCCUCGGAGCGGAGUACACAGCUGUUCUUCGUGGUCUUCGAAUGGAAAGACCCCUUUAUCCAGAAGGUCCAGGAUAUAAUCACGGCCAAUCCUUGGAACACCAUCGCCCUGCUCUGUGGGGCCUUCCUGGCGUUAUUUAAAGCAGCAGAGUUUGCCAAACUAAGUGUGAAAUGGAUGAUCAAGAUCAGGAAGCGGCACCUUAAAAGAAGAGGCCAGGCGACAAACCACAUAAGCUGAGCGUGCCACAGCCCGAGCCCACGCCGGCCUCUCCCGCUGACAGACCGAGCCACCAGCAAUCCUGUAUUCACUUGAAAGGACGCUGCAGAGGACAGCCUGUCGCUCUGUGCAGCCAGACUGGCCCAGGAGGGGGCUGUUCUGAGCCCAGAGGGAACCAGUCAGCAAAGAACUGGAAACUUAAUUUAAGUAUUAAAUUAUUGACGGACGUUUUACAGAGCUGCCUCGAGCCUUGGAGAGAUCUGCAGAUGGCGGCAUCUUCCGAUUUGUUCAUUAAAUGGUUGCGCUCCAGGUUAAGGCUCCUUCUUUACCUUAGGUUGUUUUUUCUCUCAAAUGGACUGAUGUGCCCCGUAGACACCAUCUACAUUACUAGGCGAACAAGAACUUGUCAGAGCCUAGGUCAGACUUUGCUUCUUAAAUGUAACCCUGCUGGGGACCACUGUGUAGACCAGGCCAGCCUCUGCCUUCCCGGUGCUGGGAAUAAACGCCUGCCCCCACCCCGGCCUUCCGGACUCAGAGGCCUGGAAACCAGUGGUCACGUUCUGACGCAGCAGACACACGGCACGGUGCAUCUAGGGCGCGCCUACCUAGUGUAUCUUGGUCUCAUUGGCAGGUAAAUAAAGUUGGGCUAAUACC